AAGCGAACAAUUUCAGACUCCUGACCGACGCAGAUGCUGCCGUCUACUCCCUUCUUUCUGUGAAUGAUACAGGCUGUGCUCCACUCCGUCAGGCAGUUGAGACGCUAGCAGAAGAGCCAGCCAUCUUGAAAACUGUUCUUUCUGAUAAUCUUGAAUUAUAGGCGUCUGGGCAGUAAAAAAAUAAGGGUUUUAGGUGCGAGGCAAGGGCGUGUUUGAAUUUCAAGUAUCGGAGAGACGCACUGCCUCCUCCUCCUCACUGGAUGCUAGCUCGGUAGCCUUUGAGCACUCCUAGUUUUGAAGUUGUGUUUUACUCUUCAUUCUAACUUAUUUGGAGGUGACUUUAGGAGAAGAUGGGAUGUACUCUGAGCACGGACGACAAGGCGGCACAGGAGCGAAGCAAGAUGAUCGACAGGAAUUUGCGGGAUGACGGAGAAAAGGCUGCCCGGGAGGUCAAGCUGCUGCUGCUCGGUGCUGGAGAAUCUGGAAAAAGUACAAUUGUCAAACAGAUGAAGAUCAUCCACGAAGCAGGCUACUCAGAGGAGGAGUGUAAGCAGUACAAGGCCGUGGUCUACAGCAACACCAUCCAGUCCAUCAUCGCCAUCAUCAGAGCCAUGGGACGCCUUAAAAUCGAUUUUGCUGAUGCAGCUCGAGCGGAUGAUGCACGUCAGCUGUUUGUUCUGGCUGGUUCAGCAGAAGAGGGCUUCAUGACAGGAGAGCUAGCUGGGGUCAUCCAGCGGCUGUGGAAGGAUGGAGGAGUCCAGGCUUGCUUCAGUCGCUCCCGGGAGUACCAGCUCAACGACUCUGCAGCAUACUACCUGAAUGACUUGGACAGGAUAUCCAGCGGUGCUUAUGUGCCAACCCAACAGGACGUGCUAAGGACCAGAGUCAAAACCACCGGUAUCGUGGAGACACACUUCACUUUCAAGGACCUGCACUUCAAGAUGUUUGAUGUUGGUGGUCAGAGGUCAGAGAGGAAGAAGUGGAUUCAUUGUUUUGAGGGAGUCACCGCCAUUAUCUUCUGUGUGGCUCUGAGUGACUACGACCUGGUCCUGGCUGAAGAUGAGGAAAUGAAUCGGAUGCACGAGAGCAUGAAGCUGUUUGACUCCAUCUGCAAUAACAAAUGGUUCACAGACACCUCCAUCAUCCUCUUCCUCAACAAGAAAGAUCUGUUUGAGGAAAAGAUCAAAAAGAGCCCUCUCACAAUCUGCUACCCAGAAUAUGCAGGCUCCAACACCUACGAGGAGGCAGCAGCGUACAUUCAGUGCCAGUUUGAAGACCUGAACAAGAGAAAGGAUACGAAGGAGAUCUACACCCACUUCACCUGUGCCACCGACACCAAGAACGUGCAGUUUGUGUUCGAUGCCGUCACCGACGUCAUCAUCAAGAACAACCUGAAAGACUGCGGCCUUUUCUAAAGGCAGAUCGGAGGCCGGCUUUCUAAGUGACUUUAUUCAAGGGGAAACUGACUGGAGGAAACUUCCAGCACCCUGCUGAGAAUGUCACGUUUAACCUCUUAUUAACUUAUGUUCAUCUCUAAAAGUUUUAAAGACGGCGUGUAGAAAAACAUUUUGUGUAAAGUAUUUGUACAACUGUCUUUGGCCGGGGAUUUUUCACAGUUUUUAAAUGUUCUUGUUUUACCUUCAUAUCAUGAUUUUAAAUUUUUAUAUCAAAGGGGGGCCUUCUUUUUGUCCAUGAAUGAACACUUUUGUCUUUUUUGUUUGUAGGUGCUUGUGCCUUGCAUGCCUUAGUUGCAGUGUCUUCUUUUUGUUGAAGUAGAAGUUAGCUUCAUGUAGACGUUACCAUUGAAAUCCAAAGCCCCCCCAGGUCCAUGUUUAUAUCUUUUGUUCUAAUUAUUUCAUUGUGUCAUCAUUUUUGCCUCUUUGGAUAAACCAAGAAAAGACCAAGUCACUCUAUAGACCAAUUCACUCUGACUCUGACAUACUGUGAGAGAUGUGCGUGUGUGCGUGGGAACCUUGGUGAGUGUGAGCUUUGUUUUGAUUGAGGGUGAGUGAUUUUCUGUAUGUGUCUGUGAGACAAUAUUAAACAAAGGGACUUUAUUCCUCUACUUGUCAUCCUCCUUCAAAGUUUGUAUUUUUCUAAAUGACCAAAAAAGCUACUCCUUAAUUACUGAGUGCACGUUGUUGGUGCACAGCAACAAACUGUAACAUUUCUGAUUGAACUGAGACCUAAAGAGAAGCUUUGAACAGAGGAUGAUGAUGUUGGCCUUGUAGCAGACAGUAGGACCACAUGUAGAUCUGGGACAGGUGUCUGGGUACCAGCACACUGUUACUCAUCAUGAUCUGUGAUGGUUUCAAGUUACAUAUCCCCCCUAAAACCCCGACCCUCUGUUUCCAUUGGAUGGGCACAUUAGUGGACUAAUCUCCAUGAUUUUGCUAAUAAAAGAGCUGCUGUGGUGUAACCAUGGCAACUUAUGCAAUACACAA